AUGGUGCGCGCCUCGCCAGCAUCGCUCUGGCGCGUGACCGCCUCGCAGCACUGCCGGCGGCAGACUGCCAUGGGUGGUGAUAAUUUCGAUCCAAUCCGACAGAGCGCGCGGGCCCGAGCCCCCGCCCCAGCCAAUCCGACAGAGCGCGCGGGCCCGAGCCCCCGCCCCAGCCAAUCCGACAGAGCGCGCGGGCCCGAGCCCCCGCCCCAGCCAAUCCGACAGAGCGCGCGGGCCCGAGCCCCCGCCCCAGCCAAUCCGACAGAGCGCGCGGGCCCGAGCCCCCGCCCCAGCCAAUCCGACAGAGCGCGCGGGCCCGAGCCCCCGCCCCAGCCAAUCCGACAGAGCGCGCGGGCCCGAGCCCCCGCCCCAGCCAAUCCGACAGAGCGCGCGGGCCCGAGCCCCCGCCCCAGCCAAUCCGACAGAGCGCGCGGGCCCGAGCCCCCGCCCCAGCCAAUCCGACAGAGCGCGCGGGCCCGAGCCCCCGCCCCAGCCAAUCCGACAGAGCGCGCGGGCCCGAGCCCCCGCCCCAGCCAAUCCGACAGAGCGCGCGGGCCCGAGCCCCCGCCCCAGCCAAUCCGACAGAGCGCGCGGGCCCGAGCCCCCGCCCCAGCCAAUCCGACAGAGCGCGCGAGCCCGAGCCCCCGCCCCAGCCAAUCCGACAGAGCGCGCGAGCCCGAGCCCCCGCCCCAGCCAAUCCGACAGAGCGCGCGAGCCCGAGCCCCCGCCCCAGCCAAUCCGACAGAGCGCGCGAGCCCGAGCCCCCGCCCCAGCCAAUCCGACAGAGCGCGCGAGCCCGAGCCCCCGCCCCAGCCAAUCCGACAGAGCGCGAGAGCCCGAGCCCCCGCCCCAGCCAAUCCGACAGAGCGCGAGAGCCCGAGCCCCCGCCCCAGCCAAUCCGACAGAGCGCGAGAGCCCGAGCCCCCGCCCCAGCCAAUCCGACAGAGCGCGAGAGCCCGAGCCCCCGCCCCAGCCAAUCCGACAGAGCGCGAGAGCCCGAGCCCCCGCCCCAGCCAAUCCGACAGAGCGCGAGAGCCCGAGCCCCCGCCCCAGCCAAUCCGACAGAGCGCGAGAGCCCGAGCCCCCGCCCCAGCCAAUCCGACAGAGCGCGAGAGCCCGAGCCCCCGCCCCAGCCAAUCCGACAGAGCGCGAGAGCCCGAGCCCCCGCCCCAGCCAAUCCGACAGAGCGCGAGAGCCCGAGCCCCCGCCCCAGCCAAUCCGACAGAGCGCGAGAGCCCGAGCCCCCGCCCCAGCCAAUCCGACAGAGCGCGAGAGCCCGAGCCCCCGCCCCAGCCAAUCCGACAGAGCGCGAGAGCCCGAGCCCCCGCCCCAGCCAAUCCGACAGAGCGCGAGAGCCCGAGCCCCCGCCCCAGCCAAUCCGACAGAGCGCGAGAGCCCGAGCCCCCGCCCCAGCCAAUCCGACAGAGCGCGAGAGCCCGAGCCCCCGCCCCAGCCAAUCCGACAGAGCGCGAGAGCCCGAGCCCCCGCCCCAGCCAAUCCGACAGAGCGCGAGAGCCCGAGCCCCCGCCCCAGCCAAUCCGACAGAGCGCGAGAGCCCGAGCCCCCGCCCCAGCCAAUCCGACAGAGCGCGAGAGCCCGAGCCCCCGCCCCAGCCAAUCCGACAGAGCGCGAGAGCCCGAGCCCCCGCCCCAGCCAAUCCGACAGAGCGCGAGAGCCCGAGCCCCCGCCCCAGCCAAUCCGACAGAGCGCGAGAGCCCGAGCCCCCGCCCCAGCCAAUCCGACAGAGCGCGAGAGCCCGAGCCCCCGCCCCAGCCAAUCCGACAGAGCGCGAGAGCCCGAGCCCCCGCCCCAGCCAAUCCGACAGAGCGCGAGAGCCCGAGCCCCCGCCCCAGCCAAUCCGACAGAGCGCGAGAGCCCGAGCCCCCGCCCCAGCCAAUCCGACAGAGCGCGAGAGCCCGAGCCCCCGCCCCAGCCAAUCCGACAGAGCGCGAGAGCCCGAGCCCCCGCCCCAGCCAAUCCGACAGAGCGCGAGAGCCCGAGCCCCCGCCCCAGCCAAUCCGACAGAGCGCGAGAGCCCGAGCCCCCGCCCCAGCCAAUCCGACAGAGCGCGAGAGCCCGAGCCCCCGCCCCAGCCAAUCCGACAGAGCGCGAGAGCCCGAGCCCCCGCCCCAGCCAAUCCGACAGAGCGCGAGAGCCCGAGCCCCCGCCCCAGCCAAUCCGACAGAGCGCGAGAGCCCGAGCCCCCGCCCCAGCCAAUCCGACAGAGCGCGAGAGCGCGAGCCCCCGCCCCAGCCAAUCCGACAGAGCGCGAGAGCGCGAGCCCCCGCCCCAGCCAAUCCGACAGAGCGCGCGAGCCCCCCCGCCCCAGCCAAUCCGACAGAGCGCGCGAGCCCCCCCGCCCCAGCCAAUCCGACAGAGCGCGCGAGCCCCCCCGCCCCAGCCAAUCCGACAGAGCGCGCGAGCCCCCCCGCCCCAGCCAAUCCGACAGAGCGCGCGAGCCCCCCCGCCCCAGCCAAUCCGACAGAGCGCGCGAGCCCCCCCGCCCCAGCCAAUCCGACAGAGCGCGCGAGCCCCCCCGCCCCAGCCAAUCCGACAGAGCGCGCGAGCCCCCCCGCCCCAGCCAAUCCGACAGAGCGCGCGAGCCCCCCCGCCCCAGCCAAUCCGACAGAGCGCGCGAGCCCCCCCGCCCCAGCCAAUCCGACAGAGCGCGCGAGCCCCCCCGCCCCAGCCAAUCCGACAGAGAGCGCGAGCCCCCCCGCCCCAGCCAAUCCGACAGAGAGCGCGAGCCCCCCCGCCCCAGCCAAUCCGACAGAGCGCGAGCCCCCCCGCCCCAGCCAAUCCGACAGAGCGCGAGAGCCCCCGCCCCAGCCAAUCCGACAGAGCGCGAGAGCCCCCGCCCCAGCCAAUCCGACAGAGCGCGAGAGCCCCCGCCCCAGCCAAUCCGACAGAGCGCGAGAGCCCCCGCCCCAGCCAAUCCGACAGAGCGCGAGAGCCCCCGCCCCAGCCAAUCCGACGGAGCGCGAGAGCCCCCGCCCCAGCCAAUCCGACAGAGCGCGAGAGCCCCCGCCCCAGCCAAUCCGACGGAGCGCGAGAGCCCCCGCCCCAGCCAAUCCGACGGAGCGCGAGAGCCCCCGCCCCAGCCAAUCCGACGGAGCGCGAGAGCCCCCGCCCCAGCCAAUCCGACAGAGCGCGAGAGCCCCCGCCCCAGCCAAUCCGACAGAGCGCGAGAGCCCCCGCCCCAGCCAAUCCGACAGAGCGCGAGAGCCCCCGCCCCAGCCAAUCCGACAGAGCGCGAGAGCCCCCGCCCCAGCCAAUCCGACAGAGCGCGAGAGCCCCCGCCCCAGCCAAUCCGACAGAGCGCGAGAGCCCCCGCCCCAGCCAAUCCGACAGAGCGCGAGAGCCCCCGCCCCAGCCAAUCCGACAGAGCGCGAGAGCCCCCGCCCCAGCCAAUCCGACAGAGCGCGAGAGCCCCCGCCCCAGCCAAUCCGACAGAGCGCGAGAGCCCCCGCCCCAGCCAAUCCGACAGAGCGCGAGAGCCCCCGCCCCAGCCAAUCCGACAGAGCGCGCGAGCCCCCGCCCCAGCCAAUCCGACAGAGCGCGCGAGCCCCCGCCCCAGCCAAUCCGACAGAGCGCGCGAGCCCCCGCCCCAGCCAAUCCGACAGAGCGCGCGAGCCCCCGCCCCAGCCAAUCCGACAGAGCGCGCGAGCCCCCGCCCCAGCCAAUCCGACAGAGCGCGCGAGCCCCCGCCCCAGCCAAUCCGACAGAGCGCGCGAGCCCCCGCCCCAGCCAAUCCGACAGAGCGCGCGAGCCCCCGCCCCAACCAAUCCGACAGAGCGCGCGAGCCCCCGCCCCAACCAAUCCGACAGAGCGCGCGAGCCCCCGCCCCAACCAAUCCGACAGAGCGCGCGAGCCCCCGCCCCAACCAAUCCGACAGAGCGCGCGAGCCCCCGCCCCAACCAAUCCGACAGAGCGCGCGAGCCCCCGCCCCAACCAAUCCGACAGAGCGCGCGAGCCCCCGCCCCAACCAAUCCGACAGAGCGCGCGAGCCCCCGCCCCAACCAAUCCGACAGAGCGCGCGAGCCCCCGCCCCAACCAAUCCGACAGAGCGCGCGAGCCCCCGCCCCAACCAAUCCGACAGAGCGCGCGAGCCCCCGCCCCAACCAAUCCGACAGAGCGCGCGAGCCCCCGCCCCAACCAAUCCGACAGAGCGCGCGAGCCCCCGCCCCAACCAAUCCGACAGAGCGCGCGAGCCCCCGCCCCAACCAAUCCGACAGAGCGCGCGAGCCCCCGCCCCAACCAAUCCGACAGAGCGCGCGAGCCCCCGCCCCAACCAAUCCGACAGAGCGCGCGAGCCCCCGCCCCAACCAAUCCGACAGAGCGCGCGAGCCCCCGCCCCAACCAAUCCGACAGAGCGCGCGAGCCCCCGCCCCAACCAAUCCGACAGAGCGCGCGAGCCCCCGCCCCAACCAAUCCGACAGAGCGCGCGAGCCCCCGCCCCAACCAAUCCGACAGAGCGCGCGAGCCCCCGCCCCAACCAAUCCGACAGAGCGCGCGAGCCCCCGCCCCAACCAAUCCGACAGAGCGCGCGAGCCCCCGCCCCAACCAAUCCGACAGAGCGCGCGAGCCCCCGCCCCAACCAAUCCGACAGAGCGCGCGAGCCCCCGCCCCAACCAAUCCGACAGAGCGCGCGAGCCCCCGCCCCAACCAAUCCGACAGAGCGCGCGAGCCCCCGCCCCAACCAAUCCGACAGAGCGCGCGAGCCCCCGCCCCAACCAAUCCGACAGAGCGCGCGAGCCCCCGCCCCAACCAAUCCGACAGAGCGCGCGAGCCCCCGCCCCAACCAAUCCGACAGAGCGCGCGAGCCCCCGCCCCAACCAAUCCGACAGAGCGCGCGAGCCCCCGCCCCAACCAAUCCGACAGAGCGCGCGAGCCCCCGCCCCAACCAAUCCGACAGAGCGCGCGAGCCCCCGCCCCAACCAAUCCGACAGAGCGCGCGAGCCCCCGCCCCAACCAAUCCGACAGAGCGCGCGAGCCCCCGCCCCAACCAAUCCGACAGAGCGCGCGAGCCCCCGCCCCAACCAAUCCGACAGAGCGCGCGAGCCCCCGCCCCAACCAAUCCGACAGAGCGCGCGAGCCCCCGCCCCAACCAAUCCGACAGAGCGCGCGAGCCCCCGCCCCAACCAAUCCGACAGAGCGCGCGAGCCCCCGCCCCAACCAAUCCGACAGAGCGCGCGAGCCCCCGCCCCAACCAAUCCGACAGAGCGCGCGAGCCCCCGCCCCAACCAAUCCGACAGAGCGCGCGAGCCCCCGCCCCAACCAAUCCGACAGAGCGCGCGAGCCCCCGCCCCAACCAAUCCGACAGAGCGCGCGAGCCCCCGCCCCAACCAAUCCGACAGAGCGCGCGAGCCCCCGCCCCAACCAAUCCGACAGAGCGCGCGAGCCCCCGCCCCAACCAAUCCGACAGAGCGCGCGAGCCCCCGCCCCAACCAAUCCGACAGAGCGCGCGAGCCCCCGCCCCAACCAAUCCGACAGAGCGCGCGAGCCCCCGCCCCAACCAAUCCGACAGAGCGCGCGAGCCCCCGCCCCAACCAAUCCGACAGAGCGCGCGAGCCCCCGCCCCAACCAAUCCGACAGAGCGCGCGAGCCCCCGCCCCAACCAAUCCGACAGAGCGCGCGAGCCCCCGCCCCAACCAAUCCGACAGAGCGCGCGAGCCCCCGCCCCAACCAAUCCGACAGAGCGCGCGAGCCCCCGCCCCAACCAAUCCGACAGAGCGCGCGAGCCCCCGCCCCAACCAAUCCGACAGAGCGCGCGAGCCCCCGCCCCAACCAAUCCGACAGAGCGCGCGAGCCCCCGCCCCAACCAAUCCGACAGAGCGCGCGAGCCCCCGCCCCAACCAAUCCGACAGAGCGCGCGAGCCCCCGCCCCAACCAAUCCGACAGAGCGCGCGAGCCCCCGCCCCAACCAAUCCGACAGAGCGCGCGAGCCCCCGCCCCAACCAAUCCGACAGAGCGCGCGAGCCCCCGCCCCAACCAAUCCGACAGAGCGCGCGAGCCCCCGCCCCAACCAAUCCGACAGAGCGCGCGAGCCCCCGCCCCAACCAAUCCGACAGAGCGCGCGAGCCCCCGCCCCAACCAAUCCGACAGAGCGCGCGAGCCCCCGCCCCAACCAAUCCGACAGAGCCCGAGCCCCCGCCCCAACCAAUCCGACAGAGCCCGAGCCCCCGCCCCAACCAAUCCGACAGAGCCCGAGCCCCCGCCCCAACCAAUCCGACAGAGCCCGAGCCCCCGCCCCAACCAAUCCGACAGAGCCCGAGCCCCCGCCCCAACCAAUCCGACAGAGCCCGAGCCCCCGCCCCAACCAAUCCGACAGAGCCCGAGCCCCCGCCCCAACCAAUCCGACAGAGCCCGAGCCCCCGCCCCAACCAAUCCGACAGAGCCCGAGCCCCCGCCCCAACCAAUCCGACAGAGCCCGAGCCCCCGCCCCAACCAAUCCGACAGAGCCCGAGCCCCCGCCCCAACCAAUCCGACAGAGCCCGAGCCCCCGCCCCAACCAAUCCGACAGAGCCCGAGCCCCCGCCCCAACCAAUCCGACAGAGCCCGAGCCCCCGCCCCAACCAAUCCGACAGAGCCCGAGCCCCCGCCCCAACCAAUCCGACAGAGCCCGAGCCCCCGCCCCAACCAAUCCGACAGAGCCCGAGCCCCCGCCCCAACCAAUCCGACAGAGCCAGAGCCCCCGCCCCAACCAAUCCGACAGAGCCAGAGCCCCCGCCCCAACCAAUCCGACAGAGCCAGAGCCCCCGCCCCAACCAAUCCGACAGAGCCCCCGCCCCAACCAAUCCGACAGAGCCCCCGCCCCAACCAAUCCGACAGAGCCCCCGCCCCAACCAAUCCGACAGAGCCCCCGCCCCAACCAAUCCGACAGAGCCCCCGCCCCAACCAAUCCGACAGAGCCCCCGCCCCAACCAAUCCGACAGAGCCCCCGCCCCAACCAAUCCGACAGAGCCCCCGCCCCAACCAAUCCGACAGAGCCCCCGCCCCAACCAAUCCGACAGAGCCCCCGCCCCAACCAAUCCGACAGAGCCCCCGCCCCAACCAAUCCGACAGAGCCCCCGCCCCAACCAAUCCGACAGAGCCCCCGCCCCAACCAAUCCGACAGAGCCCCCGCCCCAACCAAUCCGACAGAGCCCCCGCCCCAACCAAUCCGACAGAGCCCCCGCCCCAACCAAUCCGACAGAGCCCCCGCCCCAACCAAUCCGACAGAGCCCGCCCCAACCAACCCGAAAGUUCAUUAUUGGUACAUCUGAUCUUGAUCCAGAGCUGUUUUGGGUACUAGCAGCAAUUGGGGAAAUUCAUGUGACCUCCUUAUGA